UACUCUCUUCUCUCUCUCGUCUGAGUCUCGCAGAUCCACAUCUUGACUCUCAGCGCCACAAAUACCCUCCGUCGCCACUCGCGCACACCCGUUGGCCAUGCCAUUGAAGGGCAUCUCUCCUCUCGAUUUCGAAGCUGGCUCUUUGACUCAGGCAACGUCACCACUCGACAAGCUACCCGCAUGCUGUGCAUGCCCUCUACACUGCAAACGCUGGUCUGACCCCCAGCGCCUCUACCCUUCCCAAUAUCGCCUGCUACGGGACAAGGUCGCCGAAAACCAGUACAAGUGGCGUAAAGCGACUGCAAAUGCGCAGGAAGCUGAGGAACGCGCCAAAGAGCUGGAAGGGCGGAUUGAUCUCUGCAAAGAAGAGACGGCUCAAGCGAAGGAUGAAGAGAUUCGGGCCAAGACCCGGAGAAUCCAGAUGCAGGACGAAGAGAUUGGCCGGAAGGAUGAAAGAAUACGCCUGAUGGAUGAGGAGAUCAGGAGGAUGAGUGCAGAGAUCUGGACAAAGGACGAGGAGAUUAGGAUGAACGUGAGGGAGAUCCACGCGAUAGACGAGUACCGGAGGAAGGACAACGAAGCAGGACUGCUCUCUCAGCGAUGCAAAUAUGUCGAGCAGAACCUCGACAGUCUCCGCGCCGAGAAUGCCAGCCUUCGUCAGAAGAUCUAUGUCCAACAGAAGGAGCAUGGGAUACUGUCGAAGGAGCUGGAAGUGACGAAAGACAUUCUGGGCGCGAAGGACCGGGAGUUGAUUGAAGCCCGAGCGACGCUUUCAUCCAAACAAACAGGUCUCCCCAAGGACGUCCACAAGGCCUUUCAGUUGAUGACGCAUAUGCGCCAGAAGCUUCAUAUUGCCGAGAAAGAGGCGCAAAGGAAGGUCUUUGAUGUCGAGGAAGAGGCACGACAGAAACUCCUUGAAACUGAGGGAAAGGCGCAAGAGUUAACGAAGGAGCUAGCAGCGAGCCGAGAAGCUGAGACGCGUACACAUGCAGGUCAUGAACGUGCGGUGGAGCAAUUGAUAUCCCAGCUAGAGGAGGUCAGGCGAGUUGCAGCGGAGAGGGAGAAAGAGAUAGAAAGGUUGGGUGUCGCGCUGAAGGAAGUAAUGUCGCAAGGAAGGCUGGUAUCGGAUCGAUGUCGAGAACUGGAGAUGCGUCCUCCGCCUGCCGAUGAAUCGCACCAGCGGAGACUUGAGGAAGAAAGAAGCAUCGCCAUGGCCACGCUGAAGAAGAUGAACGCAGAAAUGUCUAUCAUGAAGGAGGCCGGCAUGCAGCUUAUCGUGGAGAACCAGAGUCUUUCGGGAGAAAUCGAACGGUUACAGGGCUGGAAAGUCGAAGCUUGGACGGCGUUGGAACAACGGGAAGUGAUGCUACGAGAUAUGGAAGGAGAUCUUAUCGCGGCUCGAGAAAGUGCUAGGGAGCUCAUGGAACGUAACCGGAUCUUGGCCACGGAAGUGGACGGCCUACGCUUCUCGACCGACAUGACUAUGGAGGCUCCCUCAGACUCGGAUGCAGUCCAUCUCUCACAAAUGACAUCCAUAGCAUUGGCGCGAGAGGCAGAACUGAUCCAAGUCAAGGAAGAGCUAGCUCGCUCCCUCGAACGGGAGAAAAAGGCAUUGGAGAAUUGCAAGAAUCUUCACGCGCAGGAGCCUCAGAAACAGUCACUGCGCUCGGGUAAUGACGUCCUACAUCGAGACCGGUACGACCGUCUGGUUGAGGUGAUAGACCUCAUCAAGGAAAGGAUAGACAAGGCAAAUUAUCUAUCAAUUCCAAUUACAGACUUGGAUCUAUCACACGACAUCGCGUUCUUGGACCUGCAGGUUCGCUUGGACGCAUUCGAAGACAUCCAAAAUUUCGAGAGUAUCCCUUGGCCCAUUUCCUCUGGCAUCAAGGUAGUCGAGGAGACUAUGCAACUCGAAUGGGAGGAAAACGAGAAAAACGAGCUGUCGUUUUUGGAGCGUUUCUCGGGGUCGCUUUCCUUUGGAGAUAGUGGACGGAAGCCUAAAAAACCUCCGACAUGGGAGAAAGAGUUGCCGUUGUUCUUGGAGGGUUUCUCCGAGUCGCUUUGCCCUCAAGCCAUUGAUAUCGAACUUGAUUAUCUGGCCAGGAUUCAACAAGCGUUCGAUAUGGAUAUGUGGGCGCGCAAAGACUUUAUGCAAAAGUCUAAAGACAGCAAUGUCAGAGAAAUGGGUCUUCUCGUGUCGCAGGCAGUCGACCGUGUGAUGGCAAAGGCGAUGAGGAAACAGCAGUUGAAAUCGCAUAGUUGAGACAUACUUGUACUAUUAUUGAGAGGGUAUCUUAUAAUUAUUUUAUAAUAAUGAUAUAAUUGGAAUAUUUUCAAGACUCCGAGUCCUUGGCCUAGCCCGAGUACAGGC